AUGCCGAGGGAGCAGAAGUUUAUCGCCGCGAUCCCCUCCUCCAAGCUCAGCACUCUUGUUGAGGGAUGCAACUGCGUUGUUGUGAACAAGAUUGCAUUGGUUGUCAACAUACAUUCGGGAGGAAUCCACGUUUACAAAAACCGAUGCGCCCAUCAAGGUGGGAAAUUCGUGCCAGACCUAGAAGAUGCUGACACUGCUGUCUGCUCGCGUCAUGGUUGGAAGUUUAAUUCCAGAACUGGCCAUUACACAAACCCACCUGCAAACGGUGAAAACCCGUGCUUCAUCCAAGAAGAGCUCUACACAACGCUAAGUUCUUCAGGCGACCUUGAAGUUUAUGAGGUUGUCGUGGACGUAGCAAAAUCAUCAGAUGUCGUGCAGUUCGCAGAGGGAAAGCUUAAGACGCGCAGUCCUAAAAGUAGCCUUGUCGCAGGAGAGUUCACAGUGACAUACUAUGGGCACGCUUGUGUCAUAAUCAAAGCCGGGUCAUUCAAAAUCGCCACUGAUCCCUGGCUCGUUGGAGAUGCUUUCCUGGGAGGAUGGUAUCCACUGCACGAACCACCAAAAAAUUGGCAUAAAGACCUCGCUGAAGUUGACAUGAUUUACAUAUCCCACCGUCAUCCUGAUCACUACUCACCUCAAACCCUUCGCGUCAUUGCGAAACAGAACCCCUCGAUUCCAAUCAUCGUAGGUGAUCUUCGCGGCGGGUCAGUUGUGGACAGCUACUUGCCAAUGACAAAAGUGCACCGACUUGAACUCGGGAGAUGGAAAGAGUUUUCGAACGAAAUGAGGCUCGCGAUUCUCCCAGACGGAGCGCUUGGCGACUUGGACACAAGUCUCUUACUUGAGUACAAAGGGUAUUCAUUAUUCAAUUACGUUGAUUGCGGGGACCCAAACAACGGACAGCUGGGAAAAGUAGACAUUGUUUUAGGUGACUUUGCAGGUGGUGCUUCCGGCUAUCCCAUGUGCAUGAAAAUGGAGAAGUAUUCUGAUAAAUACAUCGUGAAAAAGAAACAGCAAAUGAAUGCUACCUAUCUUGCAAAGACAAUGAACCUGCUUGAGAAGCUUCGACCAGAUAUAUUCAUUCCUUUUGCAGGAUACUUUUCUGAGGCAAGACCAUCCGAUACGAGAAUACGGCGAUUGAACACUAAGAACUCGGCGAUCGAUGUCGCUCGGAAGGUUGAAGACACGUUCCAUGGCAGUAUUGGCGUCUUUGUGCCCACCCCUGGGAGGUUGUUAGACAUGAAAAAACCCGACCUCACUAUGCCGGUGACGAGAAAAGGACAUUUUGCAUCUCAUCCAGCAUCAAAAGUCAGGUUGAUGCUACGACCUUAUGAAGAGACUGCCGUCAAGUUUGCUCCAUUCAUCAUGCGAAGGCGGGAGGCACUUGAGUACUACUUCACGUGGGCAAACUUUCAAGAUUAUGAUCUUGUGCUUGAGAUCAUCGAGUGCGAUGAGAACUUGAGCCCUUGUGAAGAACCUUUCUUUGUCGACUUUCGUCGUGGAUUGCGAUUUCCCCAAGACUUAGCGUAUGCUCGCGUUUGGGAACGCAUAUUCGUGCGAAAGUCAGCAUUCAGACAUGCAAUGCGCCAUGGCAUGGGUUGGGAUUCGUUCUUUAUUGGUUUUUCUACUC